AUGGAUCUAAGUAAAACAUUAAUUACCGGGAAAUCGAAUAAUUCAAAUAUUAGUGAAUCACUCGUCAAUGGAGAGACUACUUUUGAAUCGAUGUGUCUCGGUAUGAGAAUCAUUAAAGCAGUUAAAAAGAUUGGUUAUGAACAUCCAACGCUAAUUCAAGCAAAAUCUAUACCUCUAUCACUUCAAGGAAAAGAUAUACUUGCAAAAGCUAGAACUGGUAGUGGAAAGACUGCAGCCUACACCAUACCUAUCGUUCUCUGA